AGAGUUGAGAAUAAAACUUGUUGGCUCAGAUAUUUGUGCAGCCACGUCCUCUCUUGCUAACUUCCCCACUCAACGCGGAGCUGUCCAUUGGCACUGGUGCUGAAACGCGUCUAUUCUCAAUCCCUCACAGCGGUGCACGACGGAGUGUCGAGAGUAAAACAUUUGGAUGAUUGUAUUGACUUUUUCCAUAUAUUUUUGAGACACUUCGAUGGAUAUACAUUGAUUUACUCAGCUUUCAUCAAGAGCGCAUCAAAGGUCCACGUUCUGACCCGGUCAGUUAACGGACUCUUAAGAGGCAGAAAGAUGGCUUUUAUGGUGAAACAAAUGGUGGGAGGGCAUGUGAAGAACCUGACCGGGGGUUUGACUGAGGAAAAGCCCGAAGGAGAGAAAUCGGAAGCCGCAGCGGCAGGAAUGACCCAGGAGGAAUUUGAACAAUAUCAACAACAGUUAGAGGAGGAAAAGCAGGAACGAGAUGCUAGUUUUGCCCAGAAGAAAGCUGAGCGGGCAACAGUUAGAAGUCACUUCCGGGACAAAUACAGACUGCCAAAGAAUGAGCUGGAUGACACUCAGAUCCAGCAGGCGGGGGAUGACGUGGAGCUGCCCACAGAGCUAGCCAAGAUGAUCGCUGACGACAACAAGGAGGAGGAGUCCAAAACGUCUGUUCUGGGCCAGCUGACCAACAUCCAGAAUGUGGACAUGGACCAGCUGAAGGACAAGGCCCAGGCCACYCUGGAAGACCUCAAACAGUCUGCUGAGAAGUGCAAUCUCAUGUGAUCUGGCUGGCUGACUGAAUUCCUGCUCUCUCUCUAUCUCUCCCUCCCUUACUCUCUUUAUCUGUACAACAAAGGAUCUAUGUAAGAUAUCAUAUGAUCUAUGAUCAUGUACAAACGUUGAUAGUCAUGUUGCUUUGAAUACACACACAUACAGUCAACACUGCCUCACACACACAAACAUACUGCAGCAGCUUCUGGCCAAGGAAUCAGAGUAAACACUGUCUAAGCUGUGGGGGAAUCAGAGUWAACACUGUCUAAACUGUGGGGGAAUUAGAGUAAACACUGUCUAAACUGUGGGGGAAUUAGAGUAAACACCGUCUAAGCUGUGGGGGAAUUAGAGUAAACACUGUCUAAACUGUGGGGGAAUUAGAGUAAACACUGUCUAAGCUGUGGGGGAAUUAGAGUAAACACUGUCUAAACUGUGGGGGAAUUAGAGUAAACACUGUCUAAGCUGUGGGGGAAUUAGAGUAAUAGUCUUAUGCCAAAGACCCUUCGCAGAAAACCAUUCAGACAAUGGCACAAAGUAUAUCAACUAGUCAUAUUAAGUGUGAGACUAAAUCAAACUUUCUUGUCUUGGGACCACAUUCAGUACAUUACAAACCAAGUGUCUGUUAUAUCUAUUGCAGGUGUAAAUGUAUUUGCAGUUAGCCUGUUCUGUCGUCCAUCUAGUCUAUGGUCAUUAACUCGUUGGGGCCUUGCUAAGAGACAGCUCGUCCUCUGUGAUGCCAACCCAUCUAACCUUUCAACUCUGGCCUUUAACCUGUCCUCAUAUUGACCCCUGACCUCUCCAUCUCAGUGCUGUUUUGUGCCGGUGGUUUGGUGUCGUUUAGCUGCUAUGAUAUGUCAAGUGCUGUCUUUSAAAAUGUCAUCCUAUGGCUGAGUGCUGGUCAUAGUGUUUAAUAAGUACACAAUACUAUGAACAUAUAUGAACAUAGAGUACUUGGUAUUUGUCUGAAUUGUUGUUGUAUCACUAAGUAAAGACGCAGGUGAGAGCGGGAGAGGGGUUCGUCAACCUUAUUUAGUAAUAUACAAUAUAUAUUUAUUUAAUACAGUGGUUCAUGUCUUGUAAUAGUUGAACAGUCCUUUUGUGACAUUACAGUAAUUGCAUUUGAAGAAAGGAUGGUGAACAUGCCUUAGUAGCUUGUUUUAUGUGAUAGCUACUUUGUGCUUUCUUGUCAGUUCCAUGAAGCAAAACAAACAAGUGUGAAUAUAAUUCAUUCUUACUCAAGUCUUACAGAGCCUGAUCACCUAUACAUAUAUCUCUGUAUUAAAGUGUGUGACCUGCAAUGAUACUUUAAAGCCAACAACAAGAGCUUCUUUCAUUUCCAGUCACCCUAUGGGGUGAUUCAGSUUGAUCUCAAGAUGAUAUUUCAGGAAGAGACAUGUUGUUCAUGAUGUUUCUGUUUCCUGUCCAUUCUUUGCUUCUUUUACAUCGUCUUUGUUGUUCAGUGCUGUAUGAACCUUAUUGAUUUUUGACUGACUAUUGAAACCAUAAUAAACAGAUUUUUAUGAUG